GGCGGGUCUGUCAGGUUCGUGCGGCAUCUGCGCAUUUAUCUCCGUGCCGCGCGUCAUGUCCAAGGGUUGUGUGUGACCUGUGGGCAGAUAGUGCGCAUACCUGACGGUUCGUAGUCUCCAGGGCUUGUGUUUAGGCAAGUUAUUAAUUUGCAGGCGGCGCGUCAAACUCGCGGCCAAAACAUGGCAUCGGCUGCACCGAGGAAGGUUUUGAUCGCCAUGGAUGGGAGCCGACAUUCAAACUUCGCGUUUGACUACUUUGUCAACCAUGUUUGGCGGGAAGGAGAUGAAGUUCUGCUCGUCCACGCUGCUGAUCACGGCUCGCUGACAUCCGCACCUCUUUUCUCUACGGACCCAAUGUUUGUGUCUAAGCUGCUGAAUGAAGAGGAAACAGAAAUAAAGAAUCUGAUGGAGAGACUGGAAGGAAAGCUAGCCUCCUCUGGUGUGGCGGGGCGUGCGGUGCGCUACUCGGCGAACACCCCGGGGGAGGCGGUGGUGAAGGCGGCGAGAGAAGCUGGCGUCGACUUGAUCGUAACCGGAACUCGCGGCUUGGGGAUGCUGCGGCGAACGAUCCUGGGCAGCGUCAGCCAGUACAUCUUGCACCAUGCUGACGUUCCGGUGCUGAUCUGUCGCGAGAAAUGACGCCUCACUUCAGACACUCAUCUGACCCGCUGCUGAGGUCAAAUCGAAGAUGUGUGUGUAAAGGUGGGGAGGGUGUGUCUCGACAACAUACGUAUGUGGCUGAAUGACUUCCUUGAUGUUAAUGAUGUUAGGUGUUAUCCCAAUUUACCGCACAGUCUGUCAUGGGUGCGUUCGAUCGUCUCUUAAGGGUCAGUAUUUUAUAGCAUGCAUUUCUAGGUUUGAUAUGUGCCUUUGAGUGUAUCUGUAACUGUUAAGAGUUACUGAUUGGUUAAUUUUCCGUUCAAGUACAUUGAUCAACCUAUGAGAAUGUAAAAUAAUUAAAUGACAUUUGGCUUCCAUUGAUAACCCGCUCGGGAUCAGCCUGCUCCCUCUUCCAAUUAAUAUUUUGUCUUCAUAUCAAUGCCAAUAUAUGAGUGCAGAGAUUAUAUGCUCUUGGUUCAAUCAAUCAAUCAAUCAAUCAAUUGUUAUAGUUUACCAUCAUUCAUCGAUUAGCUUAUACAGAUUUACAUAGCUUUUAAUACAAUUUGUUGUGGGAAGAGGGGGAGGCUAUAUCGCUCAGUUCUUAUAUUUUUGUUUUAUAGCAACCUGUUUGAGCGAUCUGUAAGUGUGAAAGGAAUUGCAAGAAAGCAUUCAUUUGUACACUUGAGAUGUUUAAACGACCCAUCUGAUCUCUACCACUCAUCUGCAUCUUUGAGGUAAGAGGGGUAGGAGAGCUGUUUAGAACAGAUGCCGUAGGUAGAGCUGUCGGACUGCAUGCCUUGAAUGCCUCUGUUGUGGGGAGCACGGUGCUGUCGGAGGAAUGUGCCGGCAUAUCAAAUUCUAAAGUUCACUCGGGUUCCACCUUCACCGAACAACUUUUUGCACUAAAAAUAGAGAGCAUUGUGACACGUCUGAUACUUUAAAAUGCCAAACAGUAUUACGGUAUAAUAAAUCAUCCGCUAGUCAGCGGACAAGUUGACCUCAGAACUUUCGUUGCUGUGCUUGUCUUUCUUGGAUGACCUAGAGAAAGUGCUUGACGCCAUCUGGGUGUAGAAAUUUCGGUCGAUUAAAGUGCAUCUUUAAAGAUGUACAAGACUACAAA